AUGGUAGAAAAGCUUCAUUCGGCCAGAGUUGUAAAAGAACAACAAUGGAGAAUGAAAAGACUUUCUCGUGAAAAUCUUGCUUAUUGGAAGAGAUCAAAGAGAGUUGAUAGAGAAAUUCGGCGAAAACUGGAGAAAGAAGCAGAAGAACAACGAAAAAUGGAUUUUGAAUUGAUAGAGGCGAAGAGGCAACAACGUAAAUUGAAUUUUCUCAUAACCCAAACUGAAUUAUAUGCCCACUUCAUGUCUAAGAAGUUAGGGAAAGCUUCACCAGAAGAACAACUGCGGAUCUUAAGUCAACUAGAUGAAGAAAAGAACCCAAGGUUACUAAGUAUUGAUGACUAUGAUAGUGAAGCCAUGAAAGCAAAAGCAAAGAGAAAUGCUGAAGAAGCAUUUUUUAGUGAACGUCAACGCACCCGAAACUUUGAUGUAGAGGCAAAUUCGACUAUAGAGAACAAAAAGACUGACUCUACUGAAGGAGAGCAUCCACAACCGUUACUUUUUCGGGGAAGUCUGAAAGGCUAUCAAUUAAGAGGAAUGAAUUGGCUUGCAAAUUUGUAUGAUCAAGGCAUUAGCGGUAUUUUAGCAGAUGAAAUGGGACUUGGAAAAACUGUACAAAGCAUCGCCUUUCUUUGCCAUAUAGCUGAAAAAUAUUCUGUUUGGGGACCUUUUCUUAUUAUAUCUCCAGCCUCCACUUUGCAUAAUUGGCAACAGGAAAUCGCCAAGUUCGUUCCCGAUUUCAAUGUAGUGCCAUAUUGGGGCAAUCCUAAUGAAAGAAAAAUAUUACGACAAUUUUGGGACCAGAAAGAUAUGCACACAAAAGAGGCCAGUUUUCACAUUGUAGUAACAAGUUAUCAAAUUGUUAUAACUGACAUAAAAUACUUCAACAGAAUUAAGUGGCAGUAUAUGAUUUUAGAUGAAGCUCAAGCAAUUAAAAGCACUAACAGCAUGAGAUGGAAAACGCUUUUGGGGUUUAGCUGCCGAAAUCGUUUAUUACUUAGUGGUACUCCUAUUCAAAACAGUAUGGCAGAACUUUGGGCGCUUCUGCAUUUUAUUAUGCCAACACUUUUUGAUUCACAUGAAGAAUUUAAUGAAUGGUUUUCAAAAGACAUCGAGAGUCAUGCGGAAAAUAAAACAGGAAUAGACGAAAAACAUUUGUCUAGACUUCAUAUGAUUCUAAAGCCUUUUAUGUUGCGGCGAAUAAAAAAAGAUGUCGAAAAUGAAUUAUCAGAUAAAAUAGAAGUUAUGGUUUACUGCCCUUUGACAACUCGCCAAAAGCUACUUUACAUGGCACUAAAACAGAAAAUUCAAAUCGAGGAUCUUUUACAUUAUACAGUUGGGGGAGGGGAUUCUCAUGUAGUUGAUAAAAAUUUCACGUCUAAUCUAAUGAAUUUAGUAAUGCAGUUUAGAAAAGUUUGUAAUCAUCCAGAACUAUUUGAACGAAGAGAUGCUAAAUCUCCACUGUUUAUGUCACCCUGUGUGUAUCAAAUUCCUUACCAAGUUUACGAUUUUAACCCACGUCUAGAAAAAUUUUUGAUACUAAAAAAAUAUUUUCUAUUUACUCCGGAAUAUAUACACAAUGCUAUUACCGACGUUGGUUCCAUAUUCAAUUUCUGCAUUAGUUUGAAAAUGUCCGCACAGGAAUUGUAUUCUAUUUUCCAAGGAUGUAUUGUUCAAAGGUUGAAAAAUUAUUAUUCAACAGAACAAAGAAACUACAAUUUAUACUAUCGUGAUUAUUGGUCUAAAAAUGUAGAACAAAGCUUGAAUUUCAAUCCGUUUUUUAAAAUGACCCCUGCAUAUUUGGAUUCUAACGUAAAUUUAAAGAUGUUGGUAUUUACUUGGCAAAACACAAAGAGUAGAGUUGUUUAUGUACAUUCUACUCAUCACUAUUACUCGAUGCCUGAAACGCUUGAGCACAGGAAAAUUAGAUGCAAAGGAGCAACAGAAGAAAGUGAUCAAAUAAUAGAUGUCGUAAAUGAUGAAUUGAGAAGCGUGCCAUCUACUAAUUCUUCAAUUUCCAAAGAAUUUUCUUAUAGAGAACGAUCUCCCCAAGUAUUCAAUUGUCAAAGGACAGAGUUACCCUCAUUUCUAUUUUGUUAUCUUCCCAAGCUGGAAGUUUGUUCUGCAGUACUUUACUGUUAUUCAAGAAGAGUUGCUUGGGAUUGGAAAAAACAUAUCGACGAUUAUUCUUUCAAUUCCUUCAACUCCUAUUGGUCACAAGCUCUUGACAUUGAGACAAAUUAUUCUAACGCUAAAUACUUCAGCGUUUUUAUAAAUAAUCCAUUAGAUACAUUAAAAUCUACUAAUGGUUGGUCCAAUAUUUUAAUACCAGAUAAAGAAACUUUAGUAACAGAUUCGGGCAAACUUAGUGUACUUGAUAGUUUACUAAAACGACUUAAAGAGGAAGGACACAGAGUUCUGAUUUAUUCCCAAAUGACGAAAAUGAUAGAUUUACUUGAGGAGUAUAUGUGGCAUAGGCAUCAUAAAUACAUGCGCUUGGAUGGCUCAUCAAAAAUAUCAGAAAGAAGAGAUAUGGUUGCCGAUUUUCAAGCAAGGGCGGAUAUCUUUGUAUUUUUACUGUCCACAAGGGCGGGUGGACUUGGUAUAAAUUUAACAGCAGCUGAUACGGUAAUAUUUUACGACAGUGAUUGGAAUCCAACUGUAGAUCAGCAAGCGAUGGAUAGAGCACAUCGUUUAGGGCAGACGAAGCAAGUAACUGUUUAUCGUCUGAUUUGUAAAGGUUCAAUCGAGGAGAGGAUAUUACAACGAGCCCGUGAGAAAAGCGAGAUACAAAAAUUGGUAAUCAGCGGUGGAAAUUUCAAACCAGAUACUUUAAAGCCAAAGGAAGUGGUUUCGUUGCUUUUAGAUGAUGAGGAAUUAGAACAGAAAUAUCGACAGAGGACAGAAGAAAAGCGCCAGUUAGAAAACUUACGGGAAAUGGAAAGGAAAAGGAGUCAUCUGCUAGCUUUCAAGGCCGUGCAGAUGUCUGGUCUGGAAACGAAGCGUGUUAAACACCCACAGCAGCUACACCAGCAGCAGGAUAACUCUGGUUCUCUCGAAGGGGGUAACACUAUCAGUCUGGAGGAUCAGCAACAUCUUCAGCAAGCAACCAUCAUCAAUAUGGAUAGCGGCCCUAACAGCCCUCGGAGCGACAAUUCUCCAGUGCUGACAGCAUCUGAUGACCUCAGUGACGGAAGCUUCUUAGACGUCGAAGGCGACUCAUCUAUCAAUAGCAAAUAUACGGUUUACAACCUGUACGGUUCUACUGUGAAACCUCGUUUUCCUGGUCGAGGCACUUCAAAACGAGGCAGACCCCGAGGUUCACGAAGGAUGUCAGCUCUUGGUCGUUUUAACACCAAUUCUUCCACUAUCAAUGUAACUUCCAUUCCCAGCGACUCGGCUAUUGGUUCUUUUGAGUCCAGUAAUUCCAUGCAAAAUAUAUCGUCAUUUGAUGUUCCUGCAUCAACAUCUCAAGUAUUGAGCGUGGCUUCGUUACAAAGUACGUCAAGCGUAGAAAGUAGUCCCACAGCGGUUCGUAGAGGACCAGGUAGACCGCGUUUAAAACCUGGUGGUCCUCCACACACCGGUACAAGAGGAACAUAUAGGCCUAGAAAACCCGCAAGACCUUUACCUGUUCCUUUACCAUCAGAUGGUGGCUCAAUAGCUAAUCCUAGUACUGCCACCCCUUCGUAUACCAGCUAUUUGUACGAAUAUACUGAUCAACACUCUUCGGAUAGUUGAAAAUAAAUUUACGUCACUAAGAGUGACGGUGUAUAAGUAUAAUAUUGUAAAAUAUUUUUUAAUGAUCGGUUUUUUUUUACAACAAAUUUGUCAA